AAUCUGGGAGCCAAAGUAUCCUCGUCAGUACAAGACCACUGGGGGGGCCUUCAGGCUUCAGCUAAACCAGGUUCGUAUUGCGUUCUUCCGUGCUACUGCUUCUCUAGCUAGCUUUCAGGUGUGCUUCGACGAGAUCUUGCCCUGCUAUACGCCGCUGAUCCAUGUUUCCUUUGUGCGUGUUAUCGUUUUGCCAUCGCGUUGUGCUGCGGGCUGCACACAGUAUUAAACCUGGCAUAGCUUCAUCCUCUGAUUUUCUAAGUCCUUUUCUCCUUUCUACGGAUCAUCGUGGUCGUGGAGCAAAAACUGAUUUUAAGACUUGGAAAAAGAGGAGACAAACAUAUAGAUGGAGUCCCACACGCAGGUAGGGGCGCUGCUGGAAGAAAAUGACACAUGGGAGAAGAAACUACAGGAUCCAAGCGCAACUCCAAUGUUUCUGCCAUUUGAAUUUUUGACAGAAAUCACAUGUAAUUUUUCCUCUGAGCGAGAACUUGGCAGAGGUGGCUAUGGGGUGGUUUACAAGGGAGUUCUUCCGAGCGGGAAAACUAUUGCUGUGAAGAAGCUGUUUGACUUACAUAGGCUGGAGGAUGAGAAAUUCCGGAAGGAAGUCAGUUAUCUCAUGGGGAUCAAGCACAGAAACGUAGUGCUGUUUGUAGGUUACUGUGCCAAAUCUAGUUGGGAAGCGAUAGACCUACAAGGAGGCGGGAAUUAUAUUUUAGCUGAAACACGAGAAAGAUUGCUCUGCUUUGAGCAUGUAUGUAAUAAAAGCCUUGACAAGUAUAUUUCUGAUGAAUCUUCUGGCCUCGAAUGGGAAAUGAGAUAUGAAAUAGUAAGAGGAAUUUGCGCUGGUUUGCAUUACCUUCAUGAGGAAUGCCAUAUUGUUCAUCUGGAUCUGAAACCAGAAAAUAUACUGAUGGAUGCUACUAUGGUGCCAAAAAUUGCGGAUUUCGGUUUGUCAAAGAUCUUUGGUGACAAGCAAACCCGGAUCAUAACUGUAAAUCGUCCAGGAACACAUGGAUAUAUGGCACCAGAAUACUUAAUCCAAGGUGUAGUUUCCAUCAAGGCAGAUAUAUACAGUUUGGGUGUUAUUAUUAUUGAGAUACUCACCGGUUAUAGAAACUAUCCCCUGAGUUCUCUUCCACAUUUCCAACAAUUAAGCGAGGACAACAGUCGCCAGAUUACCGCAUCUUUCCAGUACUUCAAAGAAAAUAUACUUGAAACUUGGAGAAAAAGGCUGCAGAAGUCACAGGGAGACACAAUCUUGGAACAAAUACGAGUAUGCGCUGAGUUAGGGAUACAAUGCGUUGAAUUUAACCCAGAGAAUAGACCAGUUACAAGGCAUAUGAUCGAUAGGCUUGAUGAAGUGAACAUUAUGGACAUAUCUAUCAAAAGUAGCGAGAGCAGUACUCCGCCAGUAUUGCAGGUAGGAGAAGCUUCGGAUACUGUGCAGCAAGGAGAUACGAGGUCCAAGAUAAGUCGCGAGCAAGAGGAGGGCUGUGAGGUGCAUAAUGCGGAAUUGGCUGAUGUUUAUGAAAAUAUCAGAGCAGCGGAUAUCAAAUCUGAGAUUAAAGUACCUUUUCAUAGGGUUACAUGUGAAGUUAAUAAGCAUCAUGUCCUGGAGAGCAUGCUACGUGAUGAAAGUGUUGAGCCAACAUGUCUUGAGUUAUCACUCUUAGAAGACAUCACGAAUAAUUUCUCCAAAGACCACGAGAUUGCCAGAAGUCGGUUAGGAGUGCUUUACAAGGGCAAGCUUUCAUCAGGGAGUACUGUUGUUGUUAAGAGGCUCGCAAUUGCCAGUGCAGUUGAAGAUUCACUAUUUCUUCAUGCGGUCAAUUCCUUGAUGAGUAUUAAGCACCGUAACAUCGUACGGUUUCUAGGUUAUUGUUCUAAUGUACAAGAGAAGGUGACAAGGGAAGGGGACACAAGCAUUAUUGUUAUGGUGCGAAAGAGAUUGCUCUGCUUCGAGUAUCUACAUAAAGGAAAUCUCCAGAAGCAUCUUACUGAUGAAUCUCGUGGGUUUCAUUGGCACGCACGGUACCAAACAAUUAAAGGAAUUUGUCAAGGCUUGCAGUAUCUGCAUGAUGAUUAUAUUCCUCAUCUAGAUCUGAAACCAGACAAUAUACUGUUUUCUGAGACAAUGGUGCCAAAAAUAUUGGAUUAUGGUUUUUCAAGAGUCUUUACUAAUGAGAUAAGACAAACUAUCUUUAAAAACAUUGAUGGAUCGCUGGCAUGCAUGGCGACACCGGAAUACUUGACUGGUUCAGAAAUCACACUUAAGUCUGACAUUUACAGUUUGGGGCUUAUAAUUAUGCAGAUAGUAACUGGACCAAACAACAUGGACUACUCGAACAUAGCGAGUAUAGUUGAAAGUUGGAGAAGUAGGUUGGAAUUGGAGGCGUCAAAGGAGCACACGUUUGAAACAUGUUACCAGCAAGUAAAAGUAUGCGUUGACAUAGGGAUGCGCUGCAUGGACCAUGACCCCCGGAACAGACCCGUUACACAGUAUAUCAUCAAUUGUCUUGAUAGAAUGGAAAGGGAGCGGUCGGUCGGAAGUUACAUGAUUUUUCCUUCCGAAUCAACAUCACAACCAUCAGAUGAGGAAUUAAAAGAGUCACCAGUGCCACAUGCUCCACCAGCUGUACAACCAGUAGGCCGUAAGAUAGUGCUUAAUGUGCCGAUGAAUUACAAUAAGAGCAGAUCAGUCAUCAUGGAGGUUGCUUCAAAGAUCACAGGGAUCAUGUCGUUGGCAUACGACAGCGACAAGAGCACGCUGACGGUUGUUGGGGACGUGGACCCGGUGGCAAUUGUGACCAGACUGCGCAAGAUGAAAUACCCAGUGGAGGUAGUUGCAGUGGAGGUGAUUAGGACAAAGUAACACUGCCCCGGGUGCCAAUCCUACUACAUCCCCGUCCAAGACCAAGAGUCCGACUCCUGCACCAUCAUGUGAGAGAUUAUCCAGCACGGCGCAAAAUCUGCACAGUCUACUUCGAGUGAGUGGCGCUGGUGCUGGCAUAUAUGUGAGGAUGGUGAGAGUCAGUCACCGGGGUGAGAUAAUACCUUCGUUCCGACAAUCAAGCAGACACAUUCUCAAAUAGGGUCUGGGAGAAUGGUCUUUUCUUAGCAAGCAGUUGAUCAAGACAAACCUUACUGUUGGUGAUUGCAAUUUGGAUCAGUGUCGGCUUGGAAACUUCAGCCGUUGAUGAGCCGGUGUGGAAGAAAUUGGCUGAGGUGUUGAUGUAAAUAUGUGAUAUGAAAUGUUCGGUUAGAGAAGGACAUUCACAUUUCCAGGAUCAUUCUAUGGAGGAUGCGAGCUUUCCAAACGUUCCAGGGCCUCGCGCAGAGGAGGCUACAUAGGAGAUCUUCUCUUCUUUUUUUUUUGAUAAUGAGGAGAUCUUCUCAUAUACUUUUCGGAUUCAAUGAAUCAAGCUACAAGGAGUAAUAGUAUAGUAUAUUGUGGAUUUUUUUUUUUACAUUUAUGUUCUGAAUGGAUGGGUUUCCUUACAUAGCCCACAAGUUGUUUCCAUUUCCCCCAUUUUCAUGUCUCCCCUGCAGUUUUCAGUUCAAAAAAUACUGCAGCAUGGAGCACACACACCGAAUUCAGCGAUUACCAUAAUUUGAAGGAAAGUUGGUCUCGGCAUGAAGUCUGAGAAGAAAAACA